AUGUCUGACGCAACAGAAAAGGCCCGAGAAGCUGUCGCAGCCGAAGCAAGAGAAGCUUCGGAGACUGAACAUGUGGAAGACACUACGCAGUCGCCGGAGAUAAAUCUUGUCUAUGAGGGAGAAGAAGAACCGAAGUUUCAUGCGCAGACUUGGUUCGCUCUAGCGGCAAUGAUUUGCCUUAACUUCGUCCAAGUCUUCUGCUUGAUGGGUCCUCCAGCAGGGCUGUCCUAUAUCGAAGAAGAUCUUAACAACACCGACGCCGGUACAUGGGUCCCCAAUGCCCUUUCGCUCGUCCAGGCUGUUUUGUCGCCUGUCAUCUCUUCGGCGUCGGAUGUAUUUCAGGCACGGAAAGCUCUUCUCGUGGGCCCUGCGAUCAUCUCGUUCAUUGGAUCUGCGAUCGCACCCGGAUCGUCCAGCAUUUAUCGAGUAAUCGCGGCCCAGGUAUUGAUUGGAUUUGGUUUUGCUACUGUGCCGUUGGCAUAUUGCGUACCAAGUGAGAUUUUGCCUCGAAGAUGGAGACCCAUAGCGCAAGCUGCGAUGAAUGUCGCGGCAGCAGGUGGUGCUUGUUCCGCGCCUUUAGUGAUUGGUGCUCUGACCAAAGCCAAUGCUCAUACAGGAUGGCGGAACUUCUAUUGGAUUCAAAUGGCUUUAUGGGGAGUGACUGCCAUCUGCCUUUUCAUCGGUUAUAAACCACCGAAGCGACACAAUCACCUCGAUCACCUGUCCAUUUGGCAAAAAUUAGGUCGACUGGAUAUAGUCGGAUUCAUUACACUUACUGUUGGUCUGACUUUAUUCUUGACUGGACUCAACUCCGGUGGUAACUUGUACCGAUGGGCUUCUGCGCUAGUACUGGCGACUAUGAUCCCCGGUCUGCUCUGCCUCGUUGCUUUCGGAGUCUACGAGUGGAGAUUUACGAGGACGGGCAUCCUCCAUCAUGAUCUCUUUCGGGGAGGUAAAAAUGGCGGUAGAACGUUUGCUAUCUCUGUCGGCCUCAUUUUCAUUGAAGGCAUUCUGCUAUUCAGCUACGUGAUCUUCUAUCCUGUUUUAACAAGAUCUUUAUUCACCGAUGAUCCUUUGUUAACGGCUGUAAGGUCACAACCCUUCUGGAUUGCAGGCGGAAUCAGCACAGUGUUCUACGGUUACUGGAGUACCAGAUUCCGAAUGAUUCGGGAGCCAUUAUUUGUUGGAUUUCUGCUACUCACAGGAGGGAUCGUGGGUUUGGCCACUAUUCAGCCAGAAGACAGUUUAAAUGCUUUGAUCUUCUCUGCCCUUGCUGGUAUUGGAUUUGGCGGCCCCAUCAUUCUUCUUAUCGCGGCGGUUCAACUCUCGACACCGCACCACCUCAUCGCGACCGCAACGGCAGCGACGACAUGCUCUCGAGCCAUAGCCGCGGCUGUCUUUACGGCUAUCUAUGAAACUGCAUUCGAUACACGUAUCAAAAAAAAUCUCCCAGCGGAUGUCGCUCAAGCUGCGUUGAAGGCGGGGCUUCCCAGCACUUCCGUUGAAGCAUUCAUCAAAGCGUUGUCAUCUAACGACACAGCCGCGCUAUCGAUGGUUCCAGGUGUCAACUCAACAAUAAUUUCCGCCGGAGUAGCUGCACUGAAGCAGGCAUACGCGGAUUCACUAAGAGUUGUUUACAUUAUUGCAGCCCCCUUCAGCCUUCUGGCAUGCUUGGCAUGUUUCUUCUUGGGAGACCUGAGGAAAGUCAUGGACUACGCGGUUGAGGCACCGGUUGAGGAUCUGCACGCUAAAAGACGCCAUGCUCAUGGUCCAGACGUGUAG